UUAGAAUCUCACGCCAUCUUUGUUAUAUCGGUUAAAGGUGUGGUUUUAGUUUCAAGAAUUAUAGGUCUAUCUAAAUUGUUUUACAGUUUUAGAUCUACUAAUUAAAAUGGCCCGUGAUAGUAGGAUAUAUGUUGGAAAUUUGCCACCAGACAUCAGAACUAGAGAUAUUGAAGACUUAUUUUACAAAUAUGGUAAAAUUACUUUUAUUGAUCUGAAAAACAGACGAGGGCCUCCAUUUGCCUUUGUUGAAUUCGAGGAUCCCAGAGAUGCAGAAGAUUCCGUAAGACAAAGAGAUGGUUACAAUUAUGAUGGCUACACUUUGCGUGUUGAAUUUCCAAGAGGCAGUGGUGCUCCUGGUGGAGGAGGAGGUGGCGGAGGAAUGAGAGGAGGUGGUGGUGGCGGCGGAGGAGGAGGAGGUGGUGGUGGUGGUGGCUUCCGAGGAAGAGGUGGUUAUGGAGGGGCUGGACGAGGAGGCCCUCCAUCCAGAAGAACACAAUACAGAGUAUUAGUUUCAGGUCUACCCCCUAGUGGAAGCUGGCAAGAUUUGAAAGAUCACAUGAGAGAAGCUGGAGAUGUUUGUUACGCUGAUGUUUUUAAAGAUGGUACUGGUGUUGUUGAGUUUUUGCGUAAGGAAGACAUGCGAUAUGCAGUGAGGAAACUAGAUGACACAAAGUUCAGAUCUCAUGAAGGUGAAGUUGCCUACAUUCGUGUCAAAGAAGAUAAUCCCAGAGGUUCCAGAAGUCGCAGCCCAAGUCCACGCAAAUCAAGAGGCAGUCCAAGAUAUUCACCAAUGAGAGACAGAGAGCGUUCGUACUCUCCUUAUAAUUGAUGCAAUCCAAAUCAGGAGAGCUAGCUCACUAAACUAAACACAUUUGUAAUAAUUUGUAAUAUUACCUUAGGACUGUGCAGACAAAUAGGCAGCUUUAAAGUUUUUAAUCUCAUAUUUUGUUGUGCUUGAGAACUUGGAUAGCGUAUUCUAGUUCAUUAACAUCUGAGGGUGUGGUUCAACUGGGCUGGGAACAAAAUUCUUUGUAGUGAAUCAAAAGUUCAUUUUUCUCAAGCUAAACAUCAUAUGGUUAAGUUGAAACCUAAAGAAGUGGUAGUACAAAGAAUCAAACUGUAUGCACACAUUACAUCAAAAAUAUAAAUUUUUACUGACACAGGUUUUAUUUUUUUUUAUUUUUGUUUUCUUUCUUGAGAUUAGUAUUGACCAUACCUUACUCUCCUUCCUCAGAGCGCUCCUAAUCGUUUCCAAAGUUGGUCUUGAAAGGACUCGGAGGAAAUGGAGCGCACUAAGGAUAUGAUGGGACUGGAUAGGACUACCACGUUGGGUUCUCCCAUCAUAAGCCUGUUAUUGCUCUAAAUGGAUUGUUUUGACUUAUGGUAUGCUUGAGGCAAAAGAUUUAAGGAUGUCAGUUGAUGUUAUUUGUUAUUAUUAUUUUUUUUUAUUUUUUUAGUUAAAAAUUGAUUUGAUUUUAGUGCUUGUUGUUGUUCUACUUUGGCAUGUGUUGGUCAUACAGCCUUGAAACAAGUAAAUAGUAACAUUUAGAUAACUAUUGUAGACAAAAAAUUAAAGCUACUGUACUGUAGGAGUGUUAAGUAAAGCAUUUUAAUAAGUGUAAUUUUGUAUAUUGGGUCUUAAUCUUUGUUAUCAAAUGCUCAAAUAGUCAAUGAUUUAGUUUUUAAAAAAUGUGUAUAUUUAUAAACUUGACAAGGGCAGUUUAAAACUUUUAGUGUGAGCUAAAAAUGUUUUGCUUUAUUCGCUAAUGCUCUUUUUCCAUUUUUUUCUUUUCCUGUUUUAGUUACAUGCAUAAGUGGAUAAGGAAUGGAUAAAGAUUGGAUGGGAAAGGAAUCAUUAAGGAUGGAUAAUUUUAAGGAUAAAGAUCGGAUGGGAAACAAUACGAUUCGGUUGGAUCUUGUAGAAAAAUGGAUUUUUAAGGAAAUCGGACAAAUUUUGGAUAGGUCGCUAGUUUGCAAAAGGAUAGUAUCCGUAGGAAGGAAUCUAAGUCACAUACUGACAGGACUCUUGGAAUUCUAAUGUUAUUCUCCAAUAGAGAAGGACCGUUUUGCAAAGCAAUAGAUGGAUUACUUAGCCACCAAUUGUUUUGUAAAAUGGAUGUAAUACACAAUGAUAGGAGAAUGGCAAGAAACGUGGAUUGGAAACAAAAUUAGUUAAGCUUCCGGUACUUUACAUUAUUAAAAGAACACGAUUUUUUUUUUUUUAAAUAUUUUUUUUUAAAUUGUUCAGUAAUGCUAAGUCUUAAGUUCAAGAAUCACUGCACUGAUUCCAGAUGUAGUUACCAAUAUCACAAUUGAAGUGUUCAUUGCUCUUUUUUUUUUUUAAUGGAGGGCUUACAAUCACCAGGGUAUCGGUACUGUCAGAUUGUUUUAAGUUGGUUUUAGAUAUAACACAAUUGUUGAGUGCUUUUUUUUUUUUUUUAAACUUUUUAUCAUCAGUAUUGAGGUUGGGGGUUGACAGUAGGCAUUAAAAUAUAUGAAGAUUUUUUUUUUUUAACUAUUGACUUUGGAACUGAACUCAGGAUCAAUCUUUGGAUAGGAGUUGGUUGAACUUGUCUUUCUCUCCCAGGAUAGCUCUCUCUUACAGGACAGGACAUGGUUGAACUUCUCUUUCCUAGGAUGUAUCUCUUACAGGCUUGGAAGCUUGAGGUGCCCUGAUAGAAUGGAAAACUACAGCCACCUUUAAUUAUUUUUUUUUUAUUUUCAGUGUUGUAGAAAUGUCUUCGUUUUUAAAUUCUGAUGUGACAAAUUUACUGGAAAAUAAAUAUAUUCUUUUAAUGCA